AUGCAAGCCCCAAAUGUGUCUGCAGUCACCGAGUUUCAGCUGCUCGGAUUCCAGACCCUUCAGGAGUGGCAGACCCUGCUCUUCACCAUUUUCCUACUCAUCUACCUCCUGACCCUCACUGGGAACAUGGUCAUCAUCGCAGUGGUGAGCCAGGACCGGUGCCUGCACUCCCCCAUGUACACGUUCCUCCAGCACCUCUCUUUUCUGGAGAUCUGGUACACGUCCACCAUCGUGCCCCUUCUUCUGGCUAACCUGGCCUCCUGGGGCCGGGCCAUCUCCUUCUCCGCCUGUAUGGCACAGCUCUACCUCUUCGUGUUCUUUGGGGCUACUUAGUGUUUUUUCCUGGCCAUGAUGGCCUACGACCAGUACCUGGCCAUCUGCAGUCCACUGCACUACCCCUUCCUCAUGAGCCCUGACACCUGCAGGCACCUGGUGGCCCUCUGCUGGUUGACAGGGGUGGGCCCAGGCUUUCUGCCAUCCAUGAUGAUUUCCCAGCUGGACUUCUGUGGGCCCAACCAGAUCAACCACUUCUUCUGUGACCUCCCGCCGCUCAUGCAACUCUCCUGCUCCAGUGCCCACGUCACCGAGAUGGCCAUCUUUGUCCUGUCGGUCGCAGUGCUGUGCGUCUGCUUUCUCCUGACCCUCGUGUCCUAUGUCUUCAUUGUGUCCUCCAUAUUGAGGAUCCCUUGCUCUGGACAGAGGAAGACCUUCUCCACCUGUGGGUCCCACCUGGCUGUUGUCACCAUCUACUAUGGGACCAUGAUCUCCAUGUAUGCACCCAGUGCCCACCUGUCACCCGAAAUCAACAAGAUCAUCUCUGUCUUCUACACCGUGGUCACACCACUGAUGAACCCAGUCAUCUACAGCUUGAGGAACAAAGACUUUAAGGAGGCUGUUAGAAAAGCUAUCAGAAGGCAGCAUGGCCUCUGUGGAGUCAGAGUGAGAGGACAGGUCUUCAUUAGGUAG